UCCCUAGCCCCGCCUCCUGCUCCCUCUGGUUAAGUCUGGGCGCAGCCUCACUCCUCCGGAGUUCUGCCCCAGCGACUGAGACUUAGCCUUGGAUCCGGCAGUUCAGGCUCAGCAUGCGGGCACUCAACAUCACCGCGGAGCAGUUCUCCAGGCUGCUGAGUGCUCACAACCUGACUCGGGAGCAAUUCAUUCAUCGCUAUGGGCUGAAGCCGCUGGUCUACACUCCCGAGCUGCCUGCACGCGCUAAACUAGCCUUUGCGCUGGCGGGAGCACUCAUUUUUGCCCUGGCGCUCUUUGGCAACUCUCUGGUGGUCUACGUGGUAACCCGCAGCAAGGCUAUGCGCACCGUCACCAACAUCUUCAUCUGCUCCCUGGCGCUCAGUGAUCUGCUCAUCGCCUUCUUCUGCAUCCCGGUCACGAUGCUCCAGAACAUCUCCGACAAGUGGCUGGGUGGUGCCUUCAUCUGCAAGAUGGUGCCAUUUGUCCAGUCCACUGCCGUUGUGUCAGAAAUCCUCACUAUGGCUUGCAUUGCUGUUGAGAGGCACCAAGGACUCGUCCAUCCCUUUAAAAUGAAGCGACAGUACACCAACAGAAGGGCUUUCACAAUCUUGGGUGUGGUCUGGUUGGUGGCCAUCAUCGUAGGAUCACCCAUGUGGCACGUGCAGCGACUUGAGAUUAAGUAUGACUUCCUAUAUGAAAAAGAGCAUGUCUGCUGCUUGGAAGAAUGGGCCAGCCCCGUGCACCAGAAAAUCUACACCUCCUUCAUUCUUGUCAUCCUCUUCCUCCUGCCUCUGGUGGUGAUGCUCGCCCUCUACAGUAAGAUCGGCUAUGAACUCUGGAUCAAGAAGAGAGUUGGAGACAGCUCCGUGCUUCAAACUAUUCAUGGAAAAGAAAUGUCCAAAAUAGCCAGGAAGAAGAAGCGGGCUGUGGCUAUGAUGGUGACAGUGGUGGCUCUCUUUGCUGCGUGCUGGGCACCUUUCCAUGUCGUUCACAUGAUGGUUGAGUACAGUGAUUUUGAAGAAGAAUACGAUGAUGUCACAAUCAAGAUGGUUUUUGCUGUAGUACAAAUAACUGGGUUUUUCAACUCCAUCUGUAAUCCCAUCGUGUAUGCGUUUAUGAAUGAAAACUUCAAAAGGAACUUUUUGUCUGCAGUCUGUUAUUGCAUAGUAAAAGAGAGGUUUUCUCCAGCGCGGAAGCACGGAAACUCAGGAAUUUGGAUGACACAGAAGAGACCCACGUUAUCACGACAGCAGCGUCCAGGAGAGGAAACCAAGGGAGAUGCAUUCGUUGACACCAGCAUUGAAGUCAAACUCUGUGAGCAGAUGGGAGAGAAAAGGCAGCUCAAGCGACAACUUGCUUUCUUUAGUUCUGAACUUUGUGAAAACUCAAUAGUAGGCAGUGGACAUGAAUUGUAAUGGUAUCUUCAUAAUUAGGAUCGUUUGUAUGAAAAGCUAUUUUGAGCAAAGGUCAAAGACUGUUUCUUAAAUGAUGACAAGAAGGGAAACAAGGUAUGUUUUCCAUUUAAACUGACAUAAUAAAUGGAACUAUAACUUUGAAAAAUUACUAAAGCAGCUUUGUAGAUUAUUAGAGUAGAUUUAUUAGAGACAUCAUACAUAAAGCAAUGACGUUGGCAGCAGCUUUUAUCCAUGUAGUCAAUGUAAUGUGACUUUCUGUGUAUUGCUAAACUGGGGGGAAAUUAUUCAAAUUAUAUCAUCAUCUUUGCCUAUUGAACAGCUGAAUACCAUAAUGUAAUUUAUAGCAUACUGUCGAAGUUGGGGUAAAAAAAAAACUUUGCAAUUGACGUUUUGCCAUAAUAAUAGUCAAAGAAGAUGGAAGAAUCAGGCCAAUGACAAUAAAACUUAACAGACAGAUGCCACACUCCUGUGAGCUGCCAUCUCUGCGGGGACAAUCACCUCAUCUUCUCACGUCUCUGCCUGCUCCUGUAUGGAUGGAGAGUUACCCUCGCUUACUUGGUAGAGAAGUGAAACAAACUGACUGGAAAGGGAGGCACUUUUCACUCUCCAGUGGUGACCUCCAAGGCCCAGCCCUGCUCCUUCUCUUUAGCUCUCCUUUUCUUCUCUGCUUCCCUUUCUGAGAUUUCUUCCAGCUCUGCUUCUCUUCAAAAGAAAGGCUGGGUAGCCUCAUUUAUUGAGUAGAUAGAUAGAUAGAUAGAUAGAUAGAUAGAUAGAUAGAUAGAUAGAUAGACAGACAGAUAGAUAGUCAGAUAUUUAUCUCUUUUGGCACUUUAUUUUCUCUCACUAGUGAGAUGAAGGAUUUUUUAAAAGACUUUCUCAGUAGUAGACUAAUGAUGAAGGCUUGAGGCAUCCCAAGCCUGUGAAAUAUUGCUGUGUCCAAGACUAACCUCCAAGAGGCUGGUCAGGAAGAACAGAGCUCCCCGCUAGCUCAGCCCCUCACUGCUGUGUCCCAUGUGUCAGAACUCCAACUGCCACUAUCAGCCCUCAGUUGCCUUCCCAGCAGAUGAGAUGCUCAAAGCCCGACCACAGCCUCGCUGCCUAAAUGUUUCUUCUGCCUCUGGUUUUCAAUUACUCAUUUCCCAUCUGAAGAACUCAAAAUAUUUUAUGAUCUAAGCUUUAAGAUUUGGAAAUCAAAGAGCACAAAUGUCUUGAGUUUUCUUAGCUACAGGCAUUUUAUUUCACGUGCGUCAAUGGCGGGCUAUUGAAAAGGAGAGAGGUGAAACAGAGUGUAGGAUAAGAAAGACAAAUCACAUGACACAGGAAAUUAGCAAAGUAAAGGAAGGGAAACUUAUUUGUUUUUUAUGGAUCACUUUUGUAAACUGUCAUAAUUCUUUUUGUCCAGUUACAAUGAUCACUACACUAAUGAAUCCUCAAAAAUGAACCUGAUGUGCUGAUUUUUGUUAUCUUAACUGCUAAAUAUUCAUAUGACUUCAGCUAUGACAAGGAAAAGUUGUAUUGUUAUGUAUUUAUCCAUAAAUAAAUAAUAAACUCAAAGUAGAAAGCCAGCCCUGAUGACUCCUAACCGAAGAAUGACCACAUGGACAAUGUUACAUCA